UCCUCCCCCUCUCUAACAAUCUCUCUUUCCCUUCCCUCUCUCUCUUUCCCUGCAGCUCACCCCUGGAAACUCUCAGAGAAGCCAGAGAGCCGUGAACAGGGGAGACUUGCUUGACAACUUGUUUUUCUUCCUCGCACUGCUUGUCGAUGAGGAAACAAGUCAGUUUUCCAUCAGGAUUGUCAUGCGGACGUAGUAUAACAGAUGACAGCUCCUCUGCUGGCGCUCUAAAUAUGGCAAGGCUCUCUGGGCUGAUCCCUGGGAGCGUCUCGGCAGAGGAUUAUAAUCAAAGUCGCUGCUUGCUGGAGGAGAAACUUCUGUGAAGAUGAAUCCAGAAUCUCUGGACUCAUCCAUCCAGAGCGCCCUCUCGGCACUCUACCCGCCUUUUGAAGCCACGGCGUCCAUCGUCCUCAGCCAGCUCUUCCGCACCAUCGAGGAGCAUUACCAUGGCGAUGCCUUGCGGUGUCUACUGGAUUUCCUUAUCCCUUCCAAACACCUGCUGGAAAGUGUACAGCAGGCGGCAUGUGCUGGAUAUUCCGAUGUGGUUUUCCGCUGUGAGGGCUGGCCUCUCUGCCUCCAUGACAGAACCGUCGUCCAGUUAGCGCCAGUGAACCCUUUACUGCUGCGUCCUGGAGACUUUUAUCUCCAGGUGGAACCAUUUGGCAAACAGGCGGCUCGUAUCGUCCUCAAAAGCCUUCUGGAAGCCGGAGGUCGGGAAGUGGAGGAGACCCCCAUCCCUGAGACUUCCUAUUCGUGCAUCUUCACUGAAAACUGGCUGCGGGACAUCAAUGAUGGACGCCAGGGGACUCCUCUGUCACGCUGCUUACUUUGCACGGACCAAGGAGUCAUCAAGUUACCAUGGGCAGAGGUGGCCGUCCCAGAAUUUUUGGACAAGCCGAAGGUUAUGAGCACUCAUCAGGAAGCUUCUCCUGAGCCAAAGCCAAUGUCAGUUCCGUCCACUUACAGCGCAUCCACUCUGCCGCUGGAGGCUCGGGUUCGACCUUUCAAAGAUAGGAUGUCAGCUUCUCUAAGACCUGUGGAUUCUUCUUCCAAACUUGUCAGAUUAGAACAUUAUCAAAGAAUCCCCAGAUCCUAUUCAAAACCUCUAAUCAAACCUGUUGGUUGGGUGUCCCCUAACACCUGGGACAGCCGCAACCAUCUCGAAAUUGAAGGCGAUUAUGUCGACUUGGUGGAUGUCGGACAAGUAACCAAACACGAUGGCCGUUCAAAUCCACCAAAGUCCGUCUUGAUCAAACCUGUCAGACCACCGCCGUCCGCUCCACUGGCCAGCAACGUUUUCUGCGGACGCACUCUACAGUAUGCCGAAAAACCUUGUAUGCCUUGCAGUCAGGGAAAGCUGGGGGAGAACCUCUCAGAGCAAGACAUCAAGUGUCGGAACAGAGACUCUUACCUAGCGGCGCUGAGAAACCCCGUCCCUUUAGAAAAAGGGAGCGUUGACCUUGCGGCGCUAGAGGAGGUCAGCCAUUGCGAAGAUUUGGAGCAAAACAAUAAACUUGGACAGUUUUGUAACCACUGUAAUCCGCCCAUGUCAGGCUACCACGUCUGCCAAAAGAGGCACUACUGUGAGCCAAUAACACAAAUAUUUGGCUCCAGUCACAAAAAUCUCCCCACAAGCUCUGAAUCAGAGGACAUUUUGACAGAAUCACCCAUUAUUUUGUCAUCGACCCCUGGCUUAAGUUACAGUCAUAAAAUUCAAACCAAACUUCUUUCUCAGUCUGAGCACAUGGAGCGACCUAGGCUAUUUUUAGAUAUGCGUGACGAUUCCGACAAGAAGUCGGAGCAGAAAGUGGAUGUUAUGAAAUCAUCAGGCAAACACAAAUUUAAGGUCAGGUCUCUGUCGACUGUAUCGGACACUCCUAAAGGGAGUCCACAUUUCUACAAACCCAGUAACAGGAGCCACAGUGAUAUUUGCCCAGAGACAAUUAGUAGCAUGAUGCAGUGCAGAAAAUCAGAUCUACCAGAUGAAGUGACCACCAAGCUGGAAAAACUGAAAUUCUACAGAAAAGAUUCCCACCAGCCAAGCGGAAUUGAAACUCUCUCCACUUCAAAUGGACCGCAUCUGAGAUUGCAGAACUCAAAGACAGAUGAGAAAUCUUCCUCUCAACUCACCUCUGUUCGCGCUACACCGCCACCACAAUCUCUUCAAAGUCUGAAGUCCACUCUUCAAACCGUUGGUGGUUUGCUUGAACUAGCUAUCAUUUAUUUACCAGGCAGCCGGGAUAAGACUGGCCGUGCAGUGGUGGAAGUUCACUGUGAUAAGGAAUGGACCUCAUCUCCUCUAUCUGCACAGAAUCUAUGCGAGUUACUCCUCUAUCUCCAUUCCAUACCCAGGAAAGAUGUUCAAGAGCUGGGAAUGACUUUGGUCGUUGAUGCCAGGAAAAAAGCUCCUCCGCCUCAACUCUACAAAGCUCUGCUCAUGGCACAGGAGCAAGCACUGCACGCGGUCCACAGUGUAGUAAUGCUGGUGGAUAAAGACACAUGUCCACGCCCUGAAAAGCAGCCUGGUCUGCAGAUGGACUUGGUGACGUCUAUGAAAGCACUCUACAAGACGGUGGACCCUUCACAGUUGACCUCUGAGCUGGGAGGAACAUUCACCUACAGCCAUAAAGAUUGGCUCCAAUUCCAUCAGAGACUGGUUUCUUUCAUAAGUGACCUUCACGAGGCUGACAGUUUCUUACAGAGGGCUAUUACUAAAGUGAAUGAAGUCAAUGUCAUGGACACAGCCCAGGAGGUUCGUGAAUGCAUUCAAGAACAAAGGGAUUCGAUGAAGAAGGUGCUGGAGGAUGCUCGAUUGGUGACCCUGCAAAGAGAAGGCGGGGCGGUGCUGGCCAGAAUGAGGAGGGAAGAAUUCCGCUUUCCACAGUCGGAAGACUACAGAGAUGCUCUGGAGUCAGUGACACAUCUGUACAACCAGGUUGAGGAGAAGCUCCAUAUGCUGGUGAUGCGAUCGAACGAAUCACUUCAGCAAUUGGAGUACCUUUUUGUGCUCCGAGACAUGGAUGCAAAAAUUAAAGAGUCGGCUGUGUGGUUCAGCGAAGAAGGUGAACAUAGACUGAAGGAAUUUGACCAAAAAGAUCAUUUGUACACCGAGGACAUCUUGCAGCGGUACGAAACAUUCCUCCUUCAAGCAAAGGAAAAACAACAGCACGCUUUGUCUCUUGUGAGUGAAGCAGAAAAAAGUGUGGGUUCAAGUGCGUCCAGUCCGGUGGCGGAUGUUUUUCAGACAGUCCUCAACACAUUCAAGUGCAAUGUCGAGGACUUUAUAUCCCGAGCGGAGCAGAUACACAAGGAACUCAGCACACUUGUGAAAGUGCACCGCUUCUGUGAGCAGGCUUGUGCCUUGGCCAAGGAAUGCGGUCAUUUUUUAGAGCAGGUAGAGCACGAGUGUUACUUGGCUCAGACCAAUCUCAGCACACUGCAGAUGUAUGAAGAGAGAUUAGGUGAUGAGUUCUCCACCCGGAAUUUCCAAGCCUUGAAAUCUAAGGCCUGUUCUUUAAGAUCGGGCUCCUCGGGGGCGAUGAAAGUGUGGAAUGCGGCUUGGGUGCGGUGCCAAGAGGUCAGGCAGCGUCUUGAGAAGAUGCAGAAGAAGAAGAAGGUAUGCAGAGAUAAGAAGCACAACCAACAGACCAUGGUUGUAAGCACUCAUGGGCAAACUGGAGGAAUGGAGAGUACGACUGAAAUGAGGGAGGUUGAAUCCUCCCUGACCCAGCAUGCAAACUCCCAAAAAGUUUACAUCCCUCAAAAUCAACACACCAAAGCUGCAUCCUUGAGAGCGAAUGAAAACGGAGAACCUCCAGCUCUGAAGCUUCUACCGCAAAGAAAGGGAGAAACAAAAUGGAAGCCAAGAGGGCAUCGCAGUGAGGCUGAUCUGAGAAGAACAGCCUCGGUCCAAACGGAGGCCGACGUUUCACGGCACCGAGUCUUGAGUCGCUCCCUGAGUGAGGGAUCGUGUAUAACCACUUCUUCGCCAUUCACCUUUGCUCUUGGACCUUUUCAUGAAAAACAGCCACUAUGUCAGACGAGUAUGCGAACGUCAAAACAAAACCCGGAGCCUCUCCAAAGCCUGCCUUCUUCCUACUCCGAGAAUCUGAGCUUCAAAUCAACAGAGAGCGAUCAGGAAGGUCCCACCAAAGAACAUCCAGCUUCGACCCUGAGUUGCCAUAAUAAGGCGACAAUCGUCGUCCCGACAGACAAUGGAAGCAAUAUUUUGAAACUACAAAAGAUCAUGGAGGAGCUUCUGUCCACAGAGAGGGAAUACGUAAAAGCUCUAGGCUAUGUUCGGGAGCACUACUUUCCCGAAUUGGAGAGAAGCGACGUACCGCAAGACCUCAGGGGCCAGAAAGGGAGCAUCUUUGGUAACCUGGAAAAACUGCAUGAUUUCCACCACCAUCAUUUCAUGAGUGAGCUGGAGAACUGCGCUAACGAACCCUUCAGGGUGGGGCGCUGCUUCUUACGACAUAGAGAAAACUUUGCUCUGUAUGCCCUUUACAGCAAAAACAAACCACAGUCUGAUAGUCUUCUCAUCAAUCAUGGAAAGGCUUUCUUCAAGCAAAAGCAGCUGGCUCUCAGGGACAAAAUGGACCUGUGGUCUUACUUACUGAAACCGGUGCAGCGGAUCAGUAAGUACAGCCUGCUGCUGCAAGACAUCAUGAGGGAGUGCGCGCCAGGACAAGUCAGAGAGCUGGCCGAACUCAAAGCUGCCCUGGAGGUCGUUCACUUCCAGCUCAGACACGGCAACAAUCUGCUGGCCAUGGACGCCAUCCGCCAUUGUGACGUUAAUCUCAAGGAGCAAGGGCAGUUAAUUCGCCAGGACGAGUUCUUUGUCACAUUUAGGAAGAAAAAAUGCUCCCGUCAUAUUUUCCUUUUUCAAGAACUCAUCCUCUUUAGCAAAACCAGGAAGACCGACGUGGGGAAUGAUACGUACGUCUACAAACAGUCAUUCAAGACAUCAGACGUCGGCAUGACCCAAAACACCGGCGACACCGGUCUUUGCUUUGAAAUUUGGUUCAGAAAGCGGAAAACCCAAGACACGUACACACUGCAAGCAUUUAGCCGGGAACUGAAGGAGGCUUGGACUAAAGACCUGGAACGGAUCCUCUGGGAUCAGGCACUACACAACCGAGAGAUCCGUAUGCAAGAGCGAGUCUUUAUGGGAAUUGGAAACAAACCCUUUAUGGACAUCCAACCCAGUGAGGCAGCUAUCAGUGACAGAGCUGUUGACUGCGGGCUGAUGGCAAGAGAAAACAAGAUGCUGGCCCAUGGUGGUGCAUACGGGCCACACAACGGUCUUACCGGGGCACGGGAAAAAUCUGCUGCUUCACGGAGUACUUCGUCCUCGUCUUCUUCCUCGGGACGGGGCUCCUUGUCCCCGGCGACAUAUUUCUGUGGGUCAAAGCGGAAGAUGUUAAUAAGUGGCUUGGAAGGAUACGUAUCGCCAGCGGGGGUUCUAGAGGAGGAUGACGUCGACCGUGAGAGUGGGAGUCACAACUUACUGUUGGACAGCUCAGAGUCUUCCGGGGAAAGUGUGAGCGGCCUCAGCUGCUCCGCUCACAGUUACCGCUCUGCUCUGGAAAGGGACACUGAGGACACGUCUUCAGUCUUCACCUCCGCCAUCGCUGUCAGGGAGGCGGCGAGCUCCAUCCCAACGGGAGCUUGCGAAGCCUCUGAACAAAGCCAAGCAGCAGUCGUACUUCAGGCCAAGAACGUGCUUUGUGCUAAGAAUUCAAGUGUUGGCAAGUUCACUGAGGUGUGAGCUAUCACAUGAGAUUGAGAGUACUCGAGAGAGCCAAGAUUAUUUAGUAGCAGCAGACGAGCAGUCGUUGUAUAAUAUUGUGUCAACCUGGUUUCUCAUCUCACUUUCGACAAAACAUCUAAUCAGCAAUGAUAAGUUAUAAAAAGGUGACACAGCUUUGUAUUGAUUGAAGGUAACACACAUGUUAACAGGAUCAUAGCGAUAUUUCAGUUUUUGUUUAUUCUCAGCAAACUAAACAGCUGUGGAAGGACGCAGUUGAAUAAUAAUGCAGACACUAAAUAACAGUUUGAGGGUACGAUUACAAAAACAUAUCAAGAUUUAUUUUAUAACCUGCAGCUUUCUGUACAUACGUAUCCAGCUUUAUGUAUUUACAACACUAAUGUUGCCUUUCUAUUUGUCAGUGGUUUGUUUGUGUUUUACUAUAUUUUUAUUUGCAACUCAUAUUUUUCUAAUAAUAAAUCCAAUUUAAAAAGUA